AUGAACAAUGGUACGUUUCCCGUUGGUAACAUUUGUGCUGAUACACCAACUGGAGAUGUAACUCAGACAAUUGUGGUCGGAAGUCAUAGUGACAGUGUGACAGCUGGACCAGGAAUUAAUGAUAAUGGUAGUGGUAGUGCAGCUAGUCUCGCUUUAGCGGUCACACUAGCACGUCUCUUUCAAAUGACAAAUUAUGCUAAAUACGCCUACCGUAUCCGAUUCUGUUGGUGGGGUGCUGAAGAACUUGGUCUUCUUGGUUCAGCCUAUCAUGUAGCACAAGCUCAAAAUUCGACUAUUAUCGGUGAACGUAUCACUGACUAUUUGAUCAAUCUCAAUUUUGACAUGCUGGCAUCACCUAAUUAUAUAUUUGGUAUUUAUGAUGGAAGUACAGUUGAUAAUACUACAACUUCGCGCUCGGCCAUUCCCGGUAGCAACAAAGUAUCUGCAUUGUUUCGCGAUUGGUUCAUUCGACAAAAGCUGCCCUGGGAUUACACACCGUUCAACGGUCUAAGUGACUAUGCACCGUUUUUGACAGCGGGAAUAGUCGCAGCUGGACUUUUUUCGGGAGCAGACGAUUUCAAAACGCAAGAACAACGUGAUCGCUAUGAUACACUCCUUGGACAAGGUCAAGGCGGUACUGCCGACGUCAGUCAAGAUCCUUGUUAUCAUAAGGCAUGUGAUUCUGUUCAGAAUAUCAAUGUUGCUGGCUACGAAAAGAUGGUUCAAGCAGCUGCAUACGUCAUCGAAUUCUUGGCUCGACAAACUGAUUUGAAAACGUGGCUCUAUCCACCAACUGCAAAUUAA